ACCAAGUGCCCUAAAGGAUACCGAUGAAAAAUAUCCAAACGUGAAUGAAAAUGUUGAGUCAGCUCAUAGAAAAAAGAACAACGGUGAAUGUAGAUUACGUAUCUUGGAAUAACACCUCGGAUCUUCUAGCUGUAGCCUACGAACAUGGACAGGUUGUCAUACAUAAACUAAACUGGCAGCAAAUUUGGUCCCUCGAUGCUCCUCGCGAAAAUGCCAAGGUAAUUUGUAUGUCGUGGCGACCCGAUGGUCGCGUUCUAGCCAUCGUUUAUAAUAUCAACGAAACGCAUAUUAUCGAAAUCAAAUACAAAGAAAUCGUCAAAAAAAUCCACGGCGAUAUUGCUUAUGCUCACUGGAUUGAAGAAACGUUCAGCAAUAGGUAUAAAGAGUAUCAAAAAUCGAAUGAUGAUUACACGCCUAAACAAGUACCCUUGCCUCCUACUAAUGAUGAAAUCGCUGUAGACGAGUUUAAGAAAUUAAGUAAUCAAAAAGGAAUGAAUUUUUUAAUUCUCGGUCAUCAUUCAGGUCUACUUGAAUUUUACGUGUACGGCAUGUAUCGUUGCAGUACAAUCGAUUUGCUUAAAUUAUCCAAAGAAGAAGGGGAUAAAUGUGAGAUUUUAUAUUGCGAUAUCUCCGACGAUCUGAAAACUAUGGCUGUUAUUGUAAUUGUAAACGAGAAAUCGAAAUGUUUUUUAAUUGAUAGCAACGUAUUGGUAGAACGAGCUCAAGUUUUGUACGACAUCACGUACAGAAGAGCUGUUUUCGAUGUUAAUUUAGAUUACAUGGAACGUACGAUAAAUUAUAUCGUUGGAGCGUGGGAUAAAAUAUUAUCUUACGAAGUGGAACUUAAAUUGAGUAAAUAUCCUGGCGAUGAUUUAUCGACGGAUUAUCUCGAGUUGCUGAUUCGUGGAUUUUGCCCUCCUCAUCUUCAUAAAUUUUUGACUCGUGAGCUGAAUGAAACCAAGUUACAAGAGGUGGCCCGAUCUAUUGAUUCUUUACACAGUAUUAUGCAUAAAUUACUCUUGUAUCCUUUGCAGCUUGCCGUUGAAAACGUAGUUCAUGACUUGACAUUAUUGCAAGGCAUGUAUAAAGUCUCAUGUGAUGGUAAACUAUUCAUAAACAUCGAAGAAAAUUUAAUCGACGAAUGCCUCAUCGCCGCUGGAGGUUAUUGCAUUAAAAGCAACGAAAUGUUAAGUAUUGUCGAUGCUUCGAUGUCAAAAUACAAAUAUUUUUUCCGUUGGCUGUGUACUGUGAUAAACAAAUUAAACUCGGAUAAAAAGAUAUCCUACGAUGAGUUCACUCAACACGAACGGGACGCAGUUACGCAAUUCAUCUGCGAAAUGGAUGCAAAUAAUAAAGUAUCAGCUAUGAAAAGUGUAUUAUCUUUGUAUCUACACGACGACAGUGCUUUCGGUAUCAAAUCCAACGGUAACCAUCCUUGGUUGAAUUUAUUAAAAGAAAAUCCCACUUUGGAAAAUUGCCUCCUCAUUAUGCCUUCGACAUUCCAAAACAUGUCAUUGAUGCAGUUGCAUAAGUAUUUGAAGGCGUGCAGUGCGAAAAUAUUCGAAAAUUAUGAGAAAUUUAUCAACGACUUCCAUCUAUUGAAUAACUGGACCAUAAGCGAUUCCGUUAUUAAAUUAUCGGCUGUUAAACACUGCAAUAACAUUAGAUUAUUGAUCGGCUAUACGAAACCCAAUGAAAAUGGCAUGUAUGCGAAUAUUACGAAAAUAUCCAACGCUCAUAGUCAAACGGAAACUUUAUCUCUGUACUUCAAUACUGAAGAAUAUGACCAGUUAUACGUCAACGAUAUGCAAUUUUUCACCAACGAUUAUCUAUCGGUGCUUCUAUCUGUAAAAAAUUUAACCUUUUAUUUUCACAUGUCUACAUCAGAGCUUUCGAAAAGAUCUUACGGUAAAGAAUCCAUUAAAAAUGGAUUUUCGAUGGUUUCUAAAAUGGAAGAUUAUUUGACAAUCAUUGAUAAUAUGAAACCUACUAGUGUUGUAGUCAGCGGCAUUCAUAAUCUUAUUUUGAUCAUGACGCCUGAUCAUCGGCAUUUACGUAUUUACUCGACAGCAUCUAAUAAUAUCCCAGAUAAACGUAACCUAUCGCAAUAUGAAAUCAAUUCCAAAGAGAUAAUUGCUCCAGACUGCAGCUACGGAUAUCAUCCAAACGAAACUAACAACGAUCCAGUAACACAUCCAGCUAGAGAAUACAUCUCAAAUCUAAAUUAUUUCGCUUCGUUGAAUUAUUCCCCUGAAGAGGAGACAAUCAAUUUGAAUAAUGUCGAUAUUCAUAAUUUACACAUUUCUUAAUUUUCUUGAUACUUUCAUUUUUUUUAUUACGGUAUAUAUUUUUUAGGUAGGAAUUCGAAUACUCGAUUCGUCUCAUAAUUUAUUAUCAAAUGCUUCUUUGUAAUUUUAUGCAGUAUUUUUUAAAUGCUUUAAGCAUACCUACUUAAAUCUCAAUCGAAAUGUCAAGACUGAAAAGUUAUCAAUCAUCAUCAUGUACCUACCUAUUACGUAAUGGGGGAAAAUGGCAAUAAUUGUAUCGAAAGGAUGGCUUUUUUAACCGUAUAAUUUUAUUUUAUCUAUCUGAGAGCUUAUAUUUUUAAUGAUAGCUGAUAAUUAUGAUGAGGGUUUAAUGAUCAUAUUGUGAGUAACUGAUAAUAAUUUUUAUAGUAAUUUUGAUAUUUUCACAUCUGUGACAAAUAUGUGUUCUUUGUUGAUUUCUUAUUAACAUGUUAACAUAUUUUGACUAGUCAGCAAACACUUAAUGAGCUAUUUUUCGUAACGCUUGCAAAAAAAAAGUUCGUCGUCUUGCCUUGCAUAUGUAGCCUCCUUUUUCUUAUAGUAACACUUCUUAUUUUUGUACCAUUUAUUUUAUAAAUCUCAUUUACCUUCAGUAAGUUAUUACAUAUAUGUACCUCUAAAAUUUUUAUGAGUACAUCAAUAAAUUGAAAUUGAAACGGA